CACACAUAGGCCACACACAACCAAAAACAAAAUCACUCCUUGGAAAGUAAAGAAGAAACUGAGAGAAAAAAAAAUGGCGAAAGCAAAUGUGUUUCUCCUCUCCCUUGUUCUUAUGGCUUCACUCGCUUCCCUUUCCCACGGCCUUCUUAUAAACGGCCUUCUUAUAAACGGCCUCCAAAUUCGGACCAUCGAAAUUCAAGGUGUCUUGCGGUGUACCCUUACCGGUGACCUAAACGCCCCUCCUGUUUCCGCUGCUACCGUCUUCUUAAGUUGUAACG